AUGACUAGCUACAAAAUCACUUUUAAAUGUUAUCUUGUUAUUGUGACAGUAGUGGCCUUUUCUUUCUACUGUGGAUUUAUAUUAUCAAAAGACAAUAGAUUUCAAAUAGCAAAAUAUUUGCCUAAAUUUACACAAAUUAGAGGUAUUUUGCAAAAACUGGAUUCUUUGGAAAAUUAUAUCAAGAAACAGAGAUUUCAAGUUUCAGGUCAAUUUAAAGAUUUCAGUGCUAAAUUAUCUCAGUUUGUUUUAGACAGAAAUACCAAACCAAAGGAACCAAUGAAGACUCAAGAAGAACCAUGGCGGAAAUCAAACAAAACUGGUAUGAUCUUGUUUACAACUUGGAUUGAUGUUGCAGAAAAGGACAUUGUUCACAGGAAUGUAUUCCGCACGUGGAGGAAGUGGCUACCCUUAAUUAAACCAUUGUUCUUUUAUAUCAAUGCUUCUACAGGAAACCGCUUGAAGAAGGAGGGUUGGCUGGUGCGCCCAGUCCCCAAAACCGGUUGUGGAGACAGUAAUAUGCCUAUAAUGCGAGAUAUGUUCCUGGAUGCUGUAACAAAUUAUAAAAGUGUUCUGUACGGAUAUGCCAAUGGUGAUAUCACAUUUGAUAACGGGAUUCAAAAAGCUAUAGAUCACUUAGUAGAGAGCACUGUGGUCCAAGAAAAACCUGUUUUGAUUUUAGUUCGUCGAACGAAUGUAGACUUUUCCAAUAGCCCAGAAUUAGAUGAAAAUUCAAAUAUAACUGAAAUGUACAACAAAGGAAAAGCUGUAAUGGAUGGUUCUUCGGACGGUUUCUUUACCAACAAAUUGUUUCCGUGGGAGUAUGUACCUAAUGCAGUGGUCGGAAGAAUAGGGAUAGGUAUGUGGCUUGUGUCAUACGCUCGAGCGAUGAACGUAACUGUGAUAGACAUCACCAAAACGGUGAGAGCUAUUCAUAUGACGACCAAGAGUGGAAAUUUGGAAUCUAAUUUUAAAAAGAAUGUUCGGUGUAAUCAUGUAAUAUAUGGUCAACUCAAUAUAGUUCCUUCAAGUUGGGGAUGUGGCCAUAUACUCUGUGCAGUAAUGGAGGUUAUUGUUGAUGAACAUGGAAAAACAGUAAUGAUACGUAAGAGUCCUAAAAAUAUGGAAAAGAAAUGUUCAAAUUGCUAUAUGGAUUUGAAAAAGAUUUUACCCUAA